AUGCGAGGCUUCGAGCUCCCACUUUUGCUUUUGGCGCUGGUCCUCUGCCAGGCGCCCCGGGGGCCAGCUGCUCCAGUGUCCGCAGGCACAGGCGGAGGGACUGUCCUGGCCAAGAUGUACCCGCGCGGCAGCCACUGGGCUGUGGGACACUUAAUGGGGAAAAAGAGCACAGAUGAGUCCCCGUCCCUGUACGUGUCUGAGAGAGACGGCCUGAAGGAGCAGCUGAGGGAAUACAUCCGCUGGGAAGAAGCUGCAAGGAAUUUGCUGGGUCUCCUAGAAGCCUUGGGAAACAGAAGCCAUCUGUCAUCUCAGCACCAGCCUACUUGGGUUUCCGAGGAUGGCAGCUACUCGAACGAUGAUCAAAAUGCAAAGUUGGUGGACUCUCUGCUCCAGAUUCUCAAGGGGAAGGAAGGAACCUCCAGCUGA